UUGUGUUUAUUUACAUUUCAGUAUAUCUGUUUAUCUUCGAGCUAAGGUUUAUAGUUUUAUCUGCUCCACCUGCUGUCAAGUUACAGUUAUUGUAAAGUCCAUUUGUGUGUUUCCGUAUAGUCGUAAAACAACUUUGGAUUUAUCACAGUGGGACCAUACAUUACACACGAACAAACAAACACAAAACGUGCUUCCAUAUUGCUAUCGCCCUUAUUUAUGAUGUGCUGGAGAAAAUUAUGAGCAACAGUCGCACGCAAAGGGACUACAUUGGCUUACUCAGUUCGAGCUGGACAUUCAACCUGAUUCUCCAGACCACCCUGCUCCUGUCCAUCGCCAAUGCGACGCAUUUCCGCGGAGGCACAGCUUGGUGGCAACCGUCACCCGACUUCUCUGAAGACUUAAAACAGAUUCAUUUUGAGUUUAAACUCAACUGGAGGACUUCAUUCUACCAAGUACCAAUCUGCGACAAUGCCAACAAACUUUCUAGUGGUUUUGGAACUUGGAAGACCAGCCAUAAUGAUGAAACUUUCUCAGCGGAAUUUUACUGUGUGGAUUACUACGCAAGUGAAGAUUGGAUGAUUGGGUCAAACCACGUCACUUUCAAUAUCACAAAUAAUGAUCCCUUUGUGAUGUGGUAUGAUGGAAGAUGUUGGAUUGAUGGUUUGUUUUAUUCACUUUGUGCAUGGAACAUCUCAGUUUAUAUUGAUGUUGGUAUCAGAUCAGAUACAACUCUUCCUAACUCUUCACCAAGAUCAGUGACCACUCCAAUCAUCAGAAUGCAAGUUGGUUGCCCUGAAACGGUGCAAAUUUCAACAGCAGAUCCUGAUUCAGAUGACAAGGUGACGUGCAGGUUUGGUGAAACUGUACAAGAAUGUGGUGAAGUCUGCCAGAAGUAUCCUUACUUCUCAAUACAUGAGGAAACUUGUCAACUAACAUAUAAUGGAGGGGGUCGUGAUACUUUGGUGACAGUGGCGCUUGUCAUUGAGGAUCAUCCAUCUACCACCAUCACAGUGGAUAGGGGAAAUGGAAAUGUUGUUACAAAAACACCAUCUGAUACUCUGAGUUAUGUUUCCCUACAAUACAUUGUGGCAUUGGAAUCAUCCAACUAUCCUUGUAAUGCUAAACCAACAUUCAUCGAUAACACACCACCUGAUGGACAAGUCACAACCACCAUCACUGGAGAUUCAUUCAACAUUAGUUUAUCGGCCAAACCCUCGUAUGAUACCGGAAAUAUAACAGAAGUGAUCAUUGUUUCAAUGGCUGGAGUCUCAAAAUCCAAUUUGACUGAAACACAGGACAACGUUUACAAAGUGGAUCUCAGCUGGAAACCAACCACUGACCAGAUUGGAACAAACAUUCUUUGCUUUUCAGCUGUGGACGACAUUCCGCGUACUUCUGCGUUAAGAUGUAUCACCAUUAUAGUAGGAGGUGCCACCUCUCCAUGUAAUGUGAACAACGGGGGUUGUAGCGACACGUGUCAAGUAUCUGGUCACUCCUACCAUUGCAUAUGCCCCAAAGAUUGUUGGACUCUUGCAUCUAAUGGCAGAACUUGCAAACCUGACUUACAAAUUGAGUGUAACAGCAAUGUGAUGGACAUCACAGUAUCUGCGUGCUCAGUAGAUAACAAUGCAUUAUCUCUUGGUACAUCAGCUCCCGGCACUCAACCCAUUCCUGAGGAAUGCCGAGUGAAAAGUGAAGAAGAUUCUCAUAAGUUUUCAUUUGGCCUCAGUGACUGCAGCAUGAGAGUAGAGGAGGAUUUUUGGACAAUCGUUUAUUCCAACACGGUGCGUUUAUUUGCUGAUGAUUCAAAAGAUGAUGAAACGCAGAAUUCCAAUUCUCCCAUUACCAGAGGUGCAUGGUUUUACGUUCCUGUGUCAUGCACCUUCCAAAAACAUGGCAACCUCACCACCUCGUUUCAACCAGUUGAACGUGAAGUAGAUUUGUUGUCAGUGCCAGGAAUGGGUUCAUUUUCAUUCUUCCUUGAUUUCUAUAACAGUUCCGAUUUUUCGGUAGCGAUAGGUCCGUAUGACUACCCCCUUCAGUUCACAGUAAACAGUGACAUUUACUUUGGGCUUCGAGCUGUUGGAGGGGGAACUGACAUGCAACUCUUCACGGUUAACUGCAUCGCUUACCCAACAGCGGACAUCAAUGAUAAUACAAACUCUUACACAAUGAUUGGGAACGGAUGCAUAUUGGACAGCACUAUGGUUAAGCAUCCAGCAGCUUCAAGCAUGGAAAACCAUUUCAGCAUCAAAGCAUUUCAGUUUCGUACAAUCGCAAACAACACUGGACCCAUUGUUGUUCAUAUCCAGUGCUCAGUGAUAGUGUGCGUCUCAAACAACUCAAUCACAAGAUGUUCACAAGGUUGUGUUUCUGAUGAUCAAGCUACCAGAAGGAGAAGAGAAAUAAUUCGAAGCAGUUUUGCUGUUAACCAUCGAUACAAGCGACAACUUAUUGAGGAUGAUGAUGACUCUAUUCCGAACAACAAUGAUCCAAACGUCACUCAGUCUCCAGUGCAACAAGUUAACAGCAGUGGAGACAUUCAAAUAAUUAUAGAAGUUAAUUCCAAUCCAUCCCCUUCUAAAAAUCCACCAAUUGAUGGAGGCAACCCACCAGAUGAUUCUUCAACCUCUUUCGUGGUUAUUGUUUCCACUGCUGUUGGAGGUUGCACCUUACUUCUUCUGCUAGCAAUCAUUGCUUGCAUUGUUUACCACAACAAAGUUGUCCGCCACCGCAACGACGUUGUGCCACUUGACCAUUCCCAUCAUGGCCCAGCAUAUGUGCGUGACAUCUACCUACCCAACCUUGAUCUUGGACCAAGGGAAGCGAACAAUGAUUUAAAUGAAGGUGCACAAGACGGUUAUAUCUGGGCCCGGCGUGUAAUUAGUGGACCACCAAGCCACAUAAUGCAGCUGUCUCAGCAUAAAAACCCAUGGUAGAAAGUGUGUUUACCACAGCUUAGUGUUGUACAUAUUUCUAUACUGUCUUUUAACAGGUAUAUGCAAAACUGUGGUCAUUAAUGACCACUUGCAAAAUCAUUUUAUAGAUUUUUAUGUCAUUAGACCCAGUAAGAAUUCCACACAUUGAUACAGAAAUUUAAUUUCAUGCGUAAUAGUUUAGAAACAGAAUUAAAUAGUUUCAUGUCUCUUUCAUAGUUUCAAUCACCCUUGUUGCCAUUUAUGUAUUUUUUAUUUUUUUAUUAUAAUAUAAAGUGUACAGAGACAAUGGUUUUAUUUACCUUCUUUAUGUAGUUUUGUAUCCAUGUAUUGUCUGCUGUAUAUACAGUCUACCUGUACUUCAUUUUAAAUCAGUUACCAAUGUGUUAAAUGCAUUGUGGACGAGGAUUAAAAAUUUAGUAGGAUCUGUAUCACACUUUAAUUUGUGAAAUUUAAUGUCAAGUUUUUGGCCUGUACUACUUUAAAGUAGCAUGGAGGUUUUGUUUUGCUGGUAGAUUGUUUAUGUGUUAACUGUAGUUUUUUUUCUGAUAUUGAAAAUACAUUGUACACAAUAUAUAACUGAACACUAUA